AUGGUGGAGCGAACCAACACAACUCGGCCUGAUCAAUCUGCAGACCAAGGCCAUUCCUCUGGGCAAGAUGUCAGCUCAGUCGAUUCCGACUACUCUACUCUGGGCCAUCGUCCAGAUCUGAGGCAGUACACGCAGCCAGUCACUCUGCUGCUUCAAGUGCACGAUGUUGUGUGGGGCCCUGCCAUUAUCCAUAGAACGAUCUCGCCCGCGCAGCUGGAAUCAGCGAGCCAAUUCGACACCCGCACCACAGAACAUCCAUCCCGGGGAGACAUGGAGAUCAUCCAGAAGUUCUUGCUCGACAAAGUGCUCAAGAAUUUCAGCCUGAUCCUGAACAAGGAGAACUCGAGCGUGUGGGAGAUCGACAUCUACUGCGCUGAACCUGAAGUGCACGGCGAGAAGCGUAGUCACGCGUGGAUGCAAACAUUUGCUCCAGACUCUACGCGGCGACCGUUCGGGACAGGGUUCUUCCGCAAGACCUUUGACAAUGGCCAGGUGUACGUCAGCUCUCUUCUCCCAGUUCAUGAUCACAAACUGACACGGUCAUUCUCUGCUCCGCAGUCUCGCCUCGUUCCUUCAAAGCCCGAGAGACUAUUAUCGAUGGGCUGGAGAGGUCUCGAUCCGAAAGAGCCUGAUUAG